AUAAGAAUAGUUUCAAAUUUAAUCCAAGUGCCUUCCUGUUCAUUCAUGGGCCAUUGUAAAUAGCUAAAUUGGGGCCCUGGCCACAGCCAACAGUGGUAUGUAGUAUUCAUAUUAUAUAAAUAAUAUGUUUCGUUCUAAUUAGAUAUCGGGAUUGUUGCUAUACUUUUUGUGUUAUAUUUGAUUUGUUAAAUACUCUUUAUUGUUUUUUUUUACAUUUAUUUUAGUCUCGUUUUGUUGACUGGAGUUUUAAUAAAAAGACACGAAGAAAGUUUGCUUUAUUUGGAUUACCUAAACAAAUGGAACUCCAAUUCAUGGCUGAAUACCUCGAGUUAUUAUCGCAUUAGUUUAAAGGCAAUAUCUAAAUACGUUCAGAGCUGUACCUAUAUCACCACCACACCGCCCGCCAAAAGGUUUUCUAAGAUUACCCACGGUCCAAUAAGGUGAUUAUAAACGUCAUGACAAUCUGACAAUUUGUAGUCUAAGCAAUGACUUUUUUACAAAUCCUAAGACUACAUAAUUAUUAAGACUUUACAUAAGACCUCAUCGAACUCAAACUGAUAAAACCUUCCUGAUCGCCGUAAUUGUCAAGAAAAAAAGUAUUUUCGUUAGUGUCGGAUAUAGUUACAAAGCUUGUUUAUUUACUAUAUUAAUAUUAAUAAAUAACGAAAAGGCAACUCUGUUAUCGCGAUGACUUCAGAAAAAACAGAGGCUAAGAACAAUAUGAAUGUGCUCUCUAAGAUGAAUGAGCCCCCAAAACCAGAAAACCCAUCGAGAACGAAUAUACAUAAGGUUACAAAGACGAUUGUUACAUCGACAGACAUUUAUAAACCCGUUGGACCUUUCAGUCAAGCCAUUUUAGCCAAUCAAACUCUUUAUGUUUCUGGACUUCUUGGAAUGGACCCUCAGGGGCAAUUGGUUUGUGGCGGCGCCGAAGCCCAAACCCGACAGGCUCUGGAAAAUUUAAAGCGAGUGUUAGACGCGGGAGGCGCUUCUCUCGAAUCCGUUGUAAAAACAUCGAUAUUGCUAGCUCGCAUGGGUGACUUCCAAGUUGUAAAUCAAGUAUACGCGGAGUAUUUUCCGAAAGAUUGUCCUGCCCGCGCUACUUUUCAGGUCGGGAAGCUGCCGUUAGAUGCAGCUGUGGAGAUAGAAGCCAUUGCCUUAAGUGGGGAUCUUGUUGUCGCCGAGGCUGGCCCUUGUCCUUGUGCCCGGGUUUAGUAGCCGCUACUUGUUACUUGUGUAUUCAAACAAUAUUAGGGUUUAGCACGUUAAACUGCACAUCAGUUUUACUUUCAACAGAUUCUAGAGUAGUACGUAAGAGUUCAGUUUGUGUAAGCGAAUUUUUAUUUUAAAAGUCAUCAAGGAGACUCAGGAUACUUGAUAAGUACUUAUGGUGCAUACUUACUAAUCUACACUUAAACCAAUUUGAUUAUGUUUAGGACUGAAUAAAGUUCAAUAUAGGAAGGAAUUCCAAAGACUCGUCUAAAUUACAGCGAUAACAGCGGUUAUCUUUAAACGACUGAAUUGUAGGUUUUUUUCUGAACCUAAAGAAGAGAAGUUGUUUAUUCUUUAUGGUGGUUGAAGAAUCUUUUUCGUAUCUGAAUUUUUUUUUGCCACGGUCGUUUGAAAUAAUAUGUUAAUGAAACUACCACUACGAUUAAAGAUUAAUAAAAAAAGUUAUCCGGAUUCGUGUUUUAUUUUGAGUUUGAGUUUUGUAACCUUACCGAAUAAUAGUAUAAUCAAAUCAAGAAAAUAACCUACCACUGAACUAUCGACGUCUGUCCGUCUGUCACACAAGUUCCUAUGUUUGUCCAGACGCUCUCCAGCCUCCAUUCACGUGAUCCACUUAAUCCCAUCAGAUUAGUACCUAAAGUAGUGAAGUAACUUAAUUAUGUAACAUGUCGACGGCAAAAGGGUUACUUUUUGGGGAUAAAGUCAUAAAAAACGUUUCUUCCAUAUAACAGUCAACAACGUAAGAUGCUGAACGAAAAAUGAAAAUACAUCUUAAACCAGCAACGAACAAAUAAAUACGGUAUACGGUCACUUUACUAGUUUUCAGUACUCACAUCGGUAACAUGGCCCCGGCCACGAAUGGCAAACGAAGUCUGACGCUCUCUUCUCCUCGACCCAAAGCGGAAGGAGCCAUUUUAUGAUUUCCCACGAAUAGUUAAUAUAUUCUUAAUUCUACACUUGGUAUUUUCUAUUAAGAACAAGCAUUUA